CCGCCGCUUCGUAAUCUCCACCUCUCGUCGCUCACCACCCAAAUCACCGAAUCCUCGCUCUCCACCGCUCCUCAGCGAUAAGAAAAAUCCACAAACACCCCGUUGCUGUCCACAACACAAACCCCCUCUCUCCCUUCUUUUUCAGUCCAUCACUCCUUGGACGCCCUCUCUUGCUCUCGCGAAGGUGUACAGAUUCAUGGCUUCCACCGCCGCCACCUCCUUCUCCCUCCUCCCAACCUCCUCUUCCCGCCGGCGAGUGGCGGCGGUGGUGGCGCCGUCCCGGCUGACUCUCCGGUCGCCGUCCCGGCGGUUGGGGUUCGCUGGGGUCGCGGCUGACUCGCUGCUGGCGGCCCACGUGGCGGCCAAGAUCCGGACGGUGGCCGGGAGGAGCGGGAAAGGGCCCCGCGGGGUGGCGGUCAUGGCCAAGAAGAGCGUGGGGGACCUCACGGCUGCGGACCUCAAGGGGAAGAAGGUCUUCGUCCGGGCUGAUCUGAACGUGCCCCUCGACGAGGACCGCAACAUCACGGACGACACCAGGAUCCGGGCGGCCGUUCCUACCAUCAAGCACUUGAUCAGCAACGGGGCCAAAGUCAUCCUCUCCAGCCAUCUGGGACGCCCGAAGGGUGUCACGCCAAAAUUCAGCUUGAGCCCUUUAGUUCCUAGGCUGUCUGAACUCCUUGGAAUCAAGGUUGAGAAAGCCGAUGAUUGCAUCGGGCCAGAAGUUGAAAAAUUGGUUAAUGCACUGCCAGAAGGUGGUGUUCUACUUCUCGAAAAUGUGAGAUUCUAUAAAGAGGAAGAAAAGAAUGAACCUGAAUUUGCAAAGAAGCUUGCAGCACUAGCUGACCUUUACGUCAAUGAUGCCUUCGGAACAGCACACAGAGCGCAUGCUUCAACAGAGGGUGUGACCAAAUUCUUGAAGCCUUCUGUCGCUGGUUUUCUUUUGCAAAAGGAACUCGAUUACCUUGUUGGUGCUGUUUCAAACCCCAAGAGACCAUUUGCGGCAAUUGUUGGUGGCUCAAAGGUGUCAUCUAAGAUUGGGGUGAUUGAGUCACUGUUGGAGAAGUGUGAUAUCCUUCUUUUGGGCGGAGGAAUGAUAUUCACAUUUUACAAAGCACAAGGUUUCCCCGUGGGUUCUUCAUUGGUAGAGAAUGACAAACUUGAGCUUGCGACAUCACUUCUCGCAAAAGCCAAAGCUAAGGGCGUGUCUCUUUUGUUGCCAACUGAUGUUGUUAUUGCCGAUAAAUUUGCACCUGAUGCACAGAGCAAGGUUGUGCCGGCAUCUGAAAUUCCUGAUGGUUGGAUGGGGUUGGAUGUCGGACCAGAUUCAGUUAAGACAUUCAACGAUGCACUAGAUACAACCAAGACCAUUAUUUGGAAUGGUCCCAUGGGAGUUUUCGAGUUUGAUAAGUUUGCCACUGGAACUGAGGCAAUCGCAAAGAAGUUGGCGGAACUUAGUGGGAAGGGUGUGACAACAAUCAUCGGAGGUGGAGACUCUGUCGCUGCAGUUGAGAAAGUUGGAGUAGCUGAUGUAAUGAGUCACAUAUCAACCGGUGGCGGAGCUAGCUUGGAGUUGUUGGAAGGCAAGGAGCUUCCCGGCGUCGUUGCAUUGGAUGAAGCAGUUGUUGUAGCCGUAUGAGUCUAACUAUCAUCGCAGAUACUGGCCUAUGUUUCCCAUCAAGAAGAAGCAUAUCAUUGUGAUGAUUUCUUUCACCUCAGUUUCUGGGGUUGCUCAUAACAGGUGGAUUACCACCCUGUCUUAGUUCAUAUUAUGUUCUCGAAUAAUGCUUAAAUUCAGUCUGUUGUCAUUUAUUUUUA